UGUGUGAGUGCAGGUCAGGUGAUGUGUGUUGGGGGAAGAGUAGAGAUGAGUGCAGUGAGCAGGCUGUGCACUCUGCUGCUGAUUUCAGCUUGUUUUACUCUCACUUCAGCAGAACACUACUCUAUAGAUGAUCAGGCGGGAUUAGGGCGCGUGUUUGACGGAAUCGGAGGAUUAAGUGGCGGAGGGGCCACGUCCCGUCUGCUCAUUAACUAUGCUGAACCUUACCGGACUCAAAUACUGGACUACCUGUUUAAGCCCAACUUUGGAGCCUCUUUGCACAUCCUGAAAGUUGAAAUUGGAGGAGAUGCCCAGUCGACAGAUGGAACAGAGCCGUCUCACAUGCACUAUGAGGAUGAUGAGAAUUACUUCAGGGGUUAUGAGUGGUGGCUGAUGACCGAGGCCAAGAAGAGGAACCCCAACAUCACCCUGAUCGGUUUGCCUUGGGCUUUUCCAGGAUGGAUUGGACGUGGGGUGAAUUGGCCCUAUGACUUUCCUGAUGUUACUGUUUCCUAUAUUGUGUCCUGGAUUAUCGGAGCGAAACAGUACCAUGACCUAGACAUUGAUUACGUUGGAAUAUGGAAUGAGAGGAAUUUUGACAUCAAAUAUAUAAAGCUGCUGAGAUACACGCUGGAUAAAGCCGGCCUGGAGAGGGUCAGAAUCAUCGCCAGUGACAACCUCUGGGAGCCCAUUACCCUCAGUGUGCUGGGGGACGAGGAGCUGCGGGAGGCGGUGGAUGUGCUGGGGGCUCACUACCCAGGAACCACUUCAGUACCUGCAGCUGUGAAGAUGGGGAAGCAGCUGUGGGCGUCUGAAGAUUACAGCACCUUCAACGAUGAAGUGGGAGGAGGCUGCUGGGCUCGGAUCCUCAACCAGAACUACGUCAACGGCCUGAUGUCUGCCACUAUUUCCUGGAACCUGGUUGCCAGUUAUUAUCAGAAUCUCCCGUUUGGAAGAGAUGGGCUGAUGACUGCUCAGGAACCGUGGAGCGGCAACUAUGUUGUGGAGUCUCCAAUAUGGAUAACUGCCCACACCACACAGUUCUCUCAGCCUGGCUGGAAGUACCUGCAGACUGUAGGUCACCUGACCCACGGCGGGAGCUACGUUGCUUUGACUGACCAGAAGGGGAACCUGACCAUAGUGAUUGAAACUAUGACUCACGAUCACUCUGUGUGCAUCCGACCUCCUCUGCCUCCCUAUAACGUCACAGCGCAGACAGCCACGUUCAGUCUGAAGGGAUCGUUUGCGUCACUCAGUGAGCUGCAGCUGUGGAAUUCCAAGUUCGAUUUCAAGACGAAGAAGCCGGUCUUCUUCCAGAAACUCGCGCCCAUAAAGGUGUCUAAUGGCUCUUUUACGCUGGACCUGGAUGUUGAUGAAGUUUACACAGUGACCACCAUUCCCACGGGUCUGAAAGGAUCUUAUCCCGAGCCUCCUCCAUCCUCUCCCUUCCCUAAAACCUAUAAAGAUGAUUUUAACGUCAAGAACCCCAGCUUCUCUGAGGCUCCAGACUUCGCCGAUCAGACGGGCGUGUUUGAGUACUUCAUGAACCUGACGGACCCCGGCCCUCAUGUUUACACGCUGCGGCAGGUGGUCACUCAGCGGCCGAUCACCUGGGUGGCGGAUGCGGAUCAGACCGUCAGCGUGAUUGGGGAUUAUAGCUGGCAGAACAUGACGGUGUCGUGUGACGUGUUUAUGGAGAAGGAGAACAGCGGAGGUGUGUUUGUUGCAGCGAGGUUGGAUAAAGGAGGAGGUUCUGUGAGGAAUGCCAGGGGAAUCUUCUUCUGGGUGUUGGCAGACGGCACAUACAGAGUCACCAGUGAUCUCAGUGGGCUGAGUGUUCUGGCUGAGGGACUGUCCGGAACCAGAGCCAACACCUGGAACACACUCACAUUGACUGUGAAGGGUAAUUUUGUCUCUGGAGAGCUGAACGGUUAUCUGCUGUGGAAGAAUACAGUAGAUUUGGUGCCAAAAAACGGAUGGGCGGCGAUCGGCACGAGCUCGUUCGAGCUGGCUCAGUUUGAUAACUUUGCAGUACAGGCAGAGUAACGUUCCCUGUCCCGGGUUUGAUUUAUCGCUUUAAUAGCAGAACUGUCUGUCUGUAAAUUUAAUAAGAAACUCGGCUUUAUUACAAGCUUUACACAAUUAAACUUGAAUCAUUACUUCUUUAAGAGAUUCCACAGAAACUGAGAUGUAAUGAAAAUGUGAAGAUAGCGGUAGUUAAAUGCACUGGAGUGUGUGAGAGUGAGUGAAUGUGGUGAAUUUGAAUGCAUUAAAAUACUGAACUGUGAAAUAUUGCUUAUUGUUAAUAUUAAUAGUAUUAAUAUGAUUGCUCAUUGAUGCUCUGAAUUAUUUGUGUUGAAGAAGAAGAAGGCAGAAAAAUAAACUGGAGUUUGAUCA